AUGUGUCACUCAAUUCUGUGCGAUGUUGGUGUCGGUGUGGGUGUGGGUGUGGGUGUCGGUGUGGGUGUGGGUGUUGGUGUUGGUGUUAGUGUAAGUAGCGUUAACACUUCGCCACAAACCGCCAUUACUCCAGAUGACUACACAGAACCGAUUCUUAACCACCGCUUCUUUGUUGGGGAGAUUGAAAAAGAUAUCUCAGUAAAUAUAGUCAACGAUAGACUUGUAGAAGAUGAUCAGACGUUCCAGCUUUCAUUGACUGGUGUUGAUGGAAGUACCUUGUUCUCGGACUGUAAGACUUCUAAUGUAACUAUUGUCAGCAAUGACGUGAACAUAUUCUGCAGAGAUCGGAGAGGACAUCAAAGGUUUUACGAGAACAGACAAGGUCCUGUACUCAUGGAGUUCACGCGAGAAGGAUCUCUGCAAUACAACCACACAAUGAGAAUCCGUACGCUUAAUGGCACCGCCCAAUCUGGUGAAGACUACAUUGCUAUCGAUAAAACCUUAACAUUCGCACCCAACCAGUCCAGCAUAAGAGAAAAUGUGGUGUUGGUGAAUGAUAACGUCCUGGAACCUGACGAGACGUUUAGCUUGUCUGUGACGUCAUCAGAUGACAGGGUUAACAUGAUAUGUCCUGGUACCGAAUUUACUAUUAUCAAUGAUGACACUUUYAUCAGAUGUACUAACCAAAGCAUUGUGGUCAGCGAGGGUAACAAAACCGUCUAUUUUACUUUGAAAAGAGAAGGUGUCUUGAACAUAACUUCUCCUAUCUGGUUUAGUACAAAAGACGGCACAGCAUUUGAUAAAUCAGACUACAAGCCACAAAACCAAGUCAACAGAACCUUCCUUCCAGGUCAAGUGUACAUGACGUUAAGCGUCGAUCUGGUUGACGACGAGUACAAAGAAAAUAAUGAAAAUUUCUCAGUCAUCAUUGGAUCUCAUGACCACGACACGACUCUUACGUCAGGAGACAAAUGUGAACUUAUUACCAUCCAGGAUGAUGAACCAAAUCUUACUGAGGGAAUGACAAAGCAACAAGCAGAAGCACUCCUCGCAAGACAGCGCAAUCUCGAAAUAAUUAUUGGAGUGGGCUUGGCAGUCAUGGCUUUGGUUGUUCUAAUAAUGCUCAUAAUUUUCUUUUUCUUGUGCGUACGUGUGGCAUGAUCAAGUAGUUAAGAAACACUGAAAAGUGGAAUCUAUUGACUCAAUGUAUUCAUGCACAUCACCACACGUUCUCGGWAUCUUCAGGGAAUCGAAGACACCAUGAAACAACCAAUCACUACCCACUAUAUUGCUUAUGGCACAUCACGACACGAUACCUUUAAGGAAAUGAAGACACCAUAUAAACAACCAAUCACUAUCCACUAUAUUGCUUAUGGCACAUCACGACA